AUGCCAUUUUUUGUUCGAGCGGCAACCCCAAGCGCGUCGUUAUUCUUCAAAGCACAUAUCUCAACCCAUCUCGUUCCCACAUAAGCACAUCAACCGCAAUGCGCCGCCCCAACCAUUCCCUAACGAUCAUAGUCGCAACACUCCUUCUCGGUCUCCCGGAACUGGACGCCGCGCCAUCACCCACCGACCCGUCUCUUCCCUUUGCUCCACCAUUACCAGCCGGGACCGGGCCGAACUUGCCACAGACGAGUUAUGCGCGCAUGAAGGGCUCGCUUGUGGCGGUGGAUGAUAAAGUGCUGAUUAUUGGGGGCGAUGCCGGGUCUGCGGAUGCCGGUGGCGAUCGGAAGGAUGGUGAGGAUCGCAGGAAAGCCGCAGAAGCGAUAACUACCGGCGUCACAACUAUGGACUACGCGUCGCUUCACAUGGCGGAGGUCGCAACGCCAAUACCUGAUCCCAACCGAAUGAACGCGACGGGUCAAACGUGUGAGUUUGACCGGCGCGGCGGGAGAGUGAUUUGCUUCGGCGGACUGACGGUGGCAGAUGGAUCCAGUACAAGUGCCUUCAUUCCGGGGCUCGGGCUAUUCGACCCGUCGCAGAUGCAAUGGCAGCCUCAACGUCUGACCACGAUACCACUUCGUCACGCCCAUGCAUCGACCUACCUCAACGAACACAUCUACGUCUUUGGCGGCGUGGGCGCGACAGGCUUUCAAUCCGAUUUCUGGUCAAUAGACCUCUCAGCAUCAGCAUCCGAGCCGUUCGCCGCCACGCAGUUGAGCUUCACGGGCUUGUUCGCGCGGCGACCUGCGGCGAGGGAAUCUUCUUGUCUCGCGUCAAUCUCCGAUAACCUACUGCUGUUACUGGGUGGGAGAGACAUGAGUGGGCAACCGCUGCCAGAUUCAUGGGUCUAUGAUGUCAAAAAGGAUAUAUGGACAGAAGCCACCGGGUGGUUUCGUGCCGCCGCUCCCGGUGCGAGGAGCGGCAUGUCGUGCGUCGGUGUAGGUGGAAAAGUGUACGUGUUUGGUGGGGAGAAUGCGGAAGGGAACUUGUUGGGUGAUCUGUGGGUGCUUGAUUCCCGGACGUGGAAGUGGGCAAGAGUUUGGGCUGUGAGCCCGGUCAAGCCAUCCGAUGCGACGACGACCGGGCCGGCGAUUGGUAUGCCCGUAGAGCGUCUGGCCGCCGCUGUGAACACAUCGGUGACCAAUUCGUCGACUAUUCUCUCCGCUACGGCCAGUGCUACAGCAAGCCCAUCUCCUCGUGCCAGCACGCCAUCACAAACGGUUGAACCCAGUGGUAUACCGAGCCCAUCUAUUGAUGCCACCACGCCUUCGCAAACCCUCGCAUCCAGUGCUCCACCAAGCCCAUCUCCGCAGGCUUCCGUCCCCUCACAAACGGUCGCAUCCAGUGCUACACCAAGCCCAUCACCUUAUGCGAUCAUCUCCUCUCAAACGAUUGCGCCCUCAGCUCGCUCUUACCAUUCUGCCACUGUCAUUGGCUCGUAUAUGGUCAUCACCGGCGGCGCAACAGCCUUCGGAAGCGCCAGAGCGAACUUCACAAAUUUACAGUCGUUGUUACUCACGGACCCUACGAUCUACAUCUACGAUACGGUGCAAGCAACAUGGGUCCCCGACGCAUCGUCUAUUUCAUUGGGCUUCGCGACCACCCAGUCCCUGUCGCUAUCCAGCAUCUUUAGGAAGCAUAGAACGGCGUUUCUCGCGGUCUCUGCAUCCCUAGCAGGCCUGCUGUGCUUCGCAAUUAUCGGCGUAUGUUGGUGCUUGUGGAAAAGAGGACAGGACUCUGACAGCAAAAGUGAGAAAAAACGAGCGGACCAAUCUAGGGACCACAAGAAGCCCACGACGCUGCAUAACGUGAUACGGCUCUCGGAUAUCUGGCCGAUGCACGUCAGUCCCAACGGAAAGGAAGCCCGCAGUGUGGCCGAGAGCGUUGUGAAUCAUCCAGGUGGUCUGUUGAGAUUAUCGACAUGCUCGGAAGAUGAGCUGCUCAUGCUGUAUAAGUAUCGCAGUAUGUCCACGGAGGAAGGCGCCAUGUCGAGCGACGGCUCCACCAUCCACACGUUUCAACGGAACCAGAACUACGGCGUGGAUGCUCAACAUGGGCUUGUACGCUACUCGUAUCCGUACCCGGUCAUGAGGACGAGCGAGGACGCAAACACGGAUGCGCAAUACCACCAUGAUCCAAACCGACUCAGCAUGGCCUCUGUCUACACAGCGUGUCCGGAACCAGAUUCUGCAGAUGGCUCCCACGACCAAUCCCAAUCGCCAUCUGCAAACCCGGCAGACCCAGCACAUACCCCAACUCCACCACCGACGGCUCCACCUCGCUCCAUCUCCCAUCACACCGCCUCCCUAAGAACUCCACCGCAAGAACCACCGCCACGCACGACCAUCCCACCGCCGGUCGAGAAGGAUACACUGCCGUUUGUGCACCCGCCCGUGCCGAUGCCCGCCGCCGCGGCUCAGAUCUCACCCACAUCGCGCUUUGGAGUGCCGAAAGGCCCUGACACGCAGGGAGUUCAGAGUGCUGCUUUGCUUGAGGAUAAGAGAUUGACGCUAGGGGCGCUCUUUGGAACGCUGGAGAGGAAAGGAUGACGAAGAAGUUUCUGUAUAUAUGGAGGCACGGAGAGGAGUCGCGCUGGCGCGAGCUUCCCUCUGAUCUCUCAACGACGUUGUAAUCUUGGCCUUAUGGACGAAUCUGCAUGUCAUCAUGGAAAUACUACCAUGCGGCAUCGGAACACCGGCGUGAGCUAUGCUCUUCUCAAGGUGUAUUGCAUCUUUUAUCUCACUGGCCGACGUAUUGGCCGCUUUUAUGUAUGUAUCUUUUGCCCGGGGUGUUAGCAGGCUUGUAGAUUGUUUGUGUGUAUAUGCAAAUGUACGUGUGAUAUAUGUACGUAGUAGAAAAAGCAUGUGUAUGCCGUAUCGUACUGUACGUCUGAAGAC